UGACUGGUGGCAGCUUCUCCACAGUAGAGAGUAAAACACAGUGGUAGUCUCCCCAUUCCGGCUAAGGAAAGACUCUGCCGAUCCUGUAACAUGGAGGAUUGUCUUCAUACCUCAUCUGAGAAUCUGUCCAAACUGGUCAGCUGGGCCCACAGCCAUGGGACCAUAUGCAGCCUCAUUCCGAACCUGAAACACUUGCUUUCCGAAGGCUCCCACGGGAACCUGACUGCAAUGUGGGGCUGUAGUGCUGGCCAUGCCUACCACUGGCCGCUCACGGCUACUUGCAGGGCUGGAUCCCAAGAGCGCGUUUGUUUCCAGGACAACCGAAGCUUUAAUUCUGAUAGUCCCAGCAUGAUUGGGGUGCCUUCUGAGACACAGACGAGCCCUGUGGAAAGGUACCCUGGGAGACCCGUGAAAGCAAAGCUUGACUGUAACCGGACCAGAGACUCUUGUGACUUCUCUUACUGCAGUGAGCCCUCUGAACUAGACGAGGCUGUUGAGGAGUAUGAAGAUGAAAACACACUGUUUGACAUGGUUUGCGAGUCUUCUGUUACAGAUGAGGACAGUGACUUUGAACCCCAAACCCAGAGGCCUCAAAGCAUUGCUCGCAAAAGGCCAGGAAUAGUCCCAUCUUCCAUCCAUUCAAGUUCCCAGGGACAGAUGGUUGAUGAGUGCAGUAAUGAUGUCAUCAUCAAGAAAAUCAAGCAAGAGAUUCCAGAAGAUUAUUACAUUGUGGCAAAUGCAGAGUUGACUGGAGGAGUAGAUGGGCCAGCCCUUUCCUUGACCCAGAUGGCAAAGCCCAAGCCCCAGACUCAUGGUGGUCCUUCCUGUGUAGGGCCUGGUAAACUGAUUCCCCAUGUAACAUCUGCCAUCAACACGGAACUAGACCCACACGUUAUGUCAGCGUCCCCCUCUGUGAUCUCCAGACCAGUCAUCCCAAAGACUGCUAGGGUAUCUCUGGCUUCUCCGAACAGAGGGCCUCCUAGUACUCAUGGCGCUGCCCACCAGGUGACCACGCAGAUGCCUGUGAGCACAUCACACCCUAAUAAACAGAUCAGUAUUCCUUUGUCUGCCCUGCAGCUGCCUGGACAGGAUGAGCAAGUUGCUACAGAGGAGUUCCUGCCCCAUAUGCCAGGCCAGGUCUCAUCUUGUGAGGUAGCUCUUUCUCCCUUGGUUAACACGGAGCCUGAAGUGAGCUCCAGUCAACAGCAGCCCCCUGUUGCUCCAACCAUAACCACUGAAGCCACUGCACAGUGCAUUCCAGCUUAUUCUACUAAGCUCAACAAAUUUCCUGUAUUUAAUAUUAACGAUGACUUGAAUGAUCUGUGUACCAGUGCAGUGAGCCCAAACACCACCAAAGCCACGAGGUACGCCCUGAAUGUGUGGCGCUACUGGUGCAUGACCAACGGGCUCAAAGACCACACGGACAUCACCAAGAUCCCUGCAGUGAAGUUGAAUGAGCUGCUUGAGAACUUUUAUGUUACUGUCAAGAAGAGUGAUGGCUCAGACUUCCUGGCUACCUCACUUCACGCCAUUCGCCGCGGCCUGGACCGCAUCCUGAAGAACGCAGGCGUGGGCUUUUCCAUCACCAGCAGCACCUUCAGCUCUUCCACCAAGAAGCUCAAGGAGAAGUUGUGGGUCCUGAGCAAGGCAGGGAUGUCGGGGGCCCGCUCUCGCAAUAUCGUGUACUUCUCCCUUUCUGACGAGGAGGAGAUGUGGCAGGCAGGCUGUCUGGGGGACGGCAGCCCCAUCACUCUCCUGUCCACAGUGGUCAAGUUCAACAGCCAAUAUCUGAACAUGCGCACGCUGCAGGAGCAUGCAGACCUCAUGUAUGGAGACAUCGAGCUGCUCAAAGACCCCCAAAACCAGCCCUACUUUGCCCGGACAGACAGCGUGAAGCGGGAGAGCCGGAGCGGUUCUGGUAGAAUGUGCCACGGGAAGAUCUACCACGAGCACGCCCGGGGCCACAAACAGUGCCCGUACUGCCUGCUCUACAAGUACAUGUACAUCCACCGGCCGCCCACCCAGAUGGAGGCCAGGGCUCCCUUCUACCUCACAGCCCGCAAGGAGGCCGCAGACAUGGGCAGUGUGUGGUAUGAAGAGCAGAGGAUGGGCUUACGGUCUCUCCGGGGAAUUGUCCCAAAUUUAGCCAGGAAGGUCAAGCUGGACAACUGUGAGAACUUCACCUUCGUCUCAUUCACUCAGGUCUCCAGGCGACUUGGCUCCCAUAGCUGCUGCCAGUGAGCCCGAGGGGUCUAGGGCCUGCUUGCUCACCUAGGAGACUUGCUCACCUAGGAGACCUUCCCGUGGCCACGGGAAGAGUGAUCAGCAAGCGGGUUCUGAGGCAAGGAGCGGAUGUCUGCACUCCACGGUCCGGCCGGCCUCCCUUUACUGCAGCAGGCCAUUCCUCUGACGAAAGUCACUUUUCCGUAAGAGUAGAUGACUGAGUAAUUUGGAUGUUUUAUCUAAAUGUGUGACGCCUUGUUAAACCAUCAACUCUAACACGAUAUAUAAUUAUAUUCAAGAGUGAAGAAAUUCAUUUUAUCUAGUGCCUUUUUUAGCAUAGGUUUUCUUGAAAAAAAGAAAAGAAAAGAAAAAAAAAUGUUUUGAGUAGUUACUUAAAAAAUAUCCCAGUAGCCGGUAGCUUUAGAAUGGUAUAGAAUUAUACUUUGUUGGGUUUCUUUCACACGGGGACCUAGAGCAAGAGAGCAGACAUAGUAGAGAACACUUGCACUCACCACCCCUUGUUUUUGUCCUCCUCUGCCAGGAUGGCGGGGCUGCUCACCACGAUGAAAUACACCUUUCUGCUGUCUGGCCUUAGAGGCAGUUGGUGAAAGGAAGGUCUGUGUGCACAUGAGAUCCACAGGGUGUGCAGGCGACCCUGCGCAGGGGCCUCCAUGGUCUGCACCGUGAGGGUGUCUUGCUAGUGGAAAGCGCCACCUGUGACCGGAUGUGAAAGCCCCCCACGCAGAAGUGCCUGCAUCUGUCCGAGUUCUCCCCGUGAGCACUUGCUGUUUGAGUCGUGUCUUGUUUGCUUUGUUUUGUAAUCUGUUUUUGCAUCGUUGUUACGUUGGCAAGAGUUCUUGGACAUGUGAGGUGGUGCUUACCGAGGAGAAUCCAGAGUAAGCCAGGAGUUUGUAAGGAGCCUGGGGACCCUGUAGGUUGGCGCCAGUGCUCAGGACAUGGAUUUAGGUAGCCUGCCAGGAACGCAAGCCCAGCACAGGGACAUCAUUACUGGAUCGGAGCGUCAUGGGAGGUUAUUUGUGCAUUUCAAAAUCAUUUCACAUUAAUAAAAGUCAACCUGACCAUGUGUUACUUAAACAGCAGAAUUUUCUAGUAACUACUGUGAAUACAAGUUUUUAAAAGGAGCCCAAAGAGCGCUAAGUAAUAGUAGUAAUUUCUACUCUAUUUUCUAGUCAAGGAAAGACUGUUUUAAAAGUUGUACCAUUGUGUUCUUCUGUGUGCUUUCUAACCCCAAAUUAAAAUCCCAAUGCAGAUUCACAUUGCAUGAGUCUUUCA